AUGCAAGAACUACGGCUUUGCUGGACGGGUGAUUUGGAGAAAUUGAAGCUUUUUGUAAGCAAGAAUGUUGAUUUUGUCGGCGUAUGGACUUCACCAGGCAAUGAUAAAAAAAAAUACAGUGAUGGUUAUAGCUCAAUAUCCUGGCGCAAAUCCAAGAAAGUGUUGGAAAUAGAAGGCAGAGACAGGAACCUGAUAACAGCUAAGUUGUGUACAAUGUUAUGUAAUGAUUUCGAUCCUGUACAGUCAAGCAAAAGCGACAACUAUUGCGAAUUCCCUUCCACAAGCAAUGAAAUGCUUGUUGAAUUGGAGGGCGUUAAACUCGAUGUAACAAUUACUGAGAAAGAUAUUCGUGAUAACAAACAUAGCAUUAAAAACGUUGAAGAUUGCCUUGAUAAAGUAGUUGGUAAAUUAAACAUUAUUAACCAACAGUUCGAUGUAUUUAGGGCAGAGUUUCAGUUGUUGAAAAACCAACAUACGAUUCAAUAUUCGCCUAAAGCUGUCGAAUAUUCAAAUUUGGACAACCAAAACGCCUCCGGAUUGCAAAAACGUCAUGAGGAAAACAAUAACAUAAUAGGAUCGAAUCUAAAUGAUGACAUUGUAAUGAGUCGUAAUGAUGCAUUACAAUCUCUGGCAAAUUUGCGGUCUGAGUGCCUUUCCAAUGUUUGUUAUGAUACUCAAUUAAAGCGUCUUGAAAGGGAACUGCAUGAUGAACAAGAUAAAACCAAGCAACUUGAAUCUGAGCUAACGGUUGCCGAAACAAAAAUCUUACAACUCGAACAGGCACUAAACCUACACGAGUUAGAACAAAAGAGUAAAGAAACUGACAAUGGGCUUUGUCAUGAUCAUUCCUGCAUUAUUAUGGAGACACUCAGCACUAAUUGCAUUAGAAAUCAACACGCGCCUUCGACUCAAGAGAAUACCUGUACUAAUAAAUAUAUCACAUCUAAAGAAUUACCACCUAACCCUCGAAUACCACCAAAACAAGUUGAUAAGCAGGAGCCUCAAAAACAUGCUGGUCAAGUAAGUCAAUUCCCAAAAUAUACGGAAAUUUCGGACAAGAACAGCAACGACAAUGCAAAACGACACAAACCAUCACAACAUGAAUUAACUAACUGUUAUGCCAUCCCGACUCGCGUUACCCAUAGAACACCAUCAAAGAAAUCGACGUGGCGACGAAAUAAACAUGGCGCUAGAAUCAACCAGACUGAGGAGGGUUUUCGCAAGGACAAAUGGAAAGCCAAUAUGAGGUUUUUCCAGUAUUAUUACUAG